AUGAAUCUUGGUACAAAACACGACGUAUCAUCUGAAGAUGUGUACUCUGACCCUGGUUCUCCCAUGCUGCGGAGAACUCCUGAUGGGACUUAUGUUAUUGCCAAGUUCAAGAAGGAGGAUAAACAAGCCACAUACCUGUUGCUAAACGGAAAUGGUGCUACCCCAGAAGGAAACAUACCUUUUCUAGAUCUGUUUGACAUAGAUACGGGUGAAAAGGAGAGAAUAUGGCACAGCGACAAGGAGAAGUAUUAUUUAUGA